AUGAUAGAAUCCAUCAUAUUUGUAGAAGAUAACUCUCAGGUUGCUCUGAAUGCACAAGCGACACCGGCGAUGUUGAAUGAGUUGGAAAAGCUUCCUCGCAAACUUGAGGAACUAACACAAACAAGUGGAACAUCUCAAGGAGUCGGAAUCGAAGAAAUCUAUCAAGUCGACAAUCUUCCAAAUUAUCAAGCAGUGCGAUGUUUUUUGGGCAAUUCUUCUACUGCUGAUGUUUUGCAUAGUCAAAACGGCUGCACAGUAAUACCGUCUGGAGAGAAGAAGACAGUCGUGAGUUGUUCUAUUUCACGGAACCGCGUUCCAUCUUUUAUUCAGAUUAAAUUGCGUGAAGACAAGCACAAACUGAAGAAACCGUGUAAAGAAGGGAGAAAAGGAUGGCGACGGCCGGCACUCUGUACCGUCGAACGGUGGCUACUUCCCCUACACCUGCCAUGGAUGUUUACUGGGCCACAACAUCCUGGACCACAGCAUCGGACUAAUGGCCUUCACACUCUGCCACACUUCACCAGUGCACUGUUGAUGCCGAAUCAUCCACUCCCAUCUGCCCCUCUAACAGUCAGUACAUAG